GCUAAAUAAGCUGUUGUUUUUAAGUAGAAUUAUUACAACGCUAUUUACUGUAGUAGCGUAUCUAUACAGUUUGAAUUUUUUACAAGUUGACAUAUUGAAAGGCGUGAUUAACCUUUUUUGGAAGAAAAUACAACGACACUUUAAGAAGUCAAUAAUAUAAUAAGUGGGACAAAAUAAAUUAUACUCUUUAGUGUAAAAUGGAAACGAAAAUGGGUCGGGCUUUCUUUGGUGUUUUAUUCUUUGUAUUUAUUAUAAAAGUAUUCGCGACCUCCAAACCUUUUGAUGAGGAGAAAUUAGAUAAAAUAAUCGAAAAAGUAAUGGCGUGUAGAAAGAACGUUGCAUUCAAUUUGGCUAUCGUAGAGAGAGAGCAUAUUAUUCUUACUAAAGGUUAUGGUAUUUCCAAUUUAGAAAAGAAUAAAACGAUGACUGCUAAUACACAAAUAGGUAUAGCAUCUUUAACAAAAGCCUUUACGACUCUCUUACUCUCAGAUAUUCUUAGACAGUCAAAGUUCACUUGGGGUACACCAAUUAAGCAGAUUUUGAAAGAAAAAUUUAGUCUCUCAGACUGGUUCAGAACAGAACAAGUUACAUUGAGAGAUUUAGCAGCCCAUAAAGUUGGUAUUCAACCCGAUAAUAUGGCACGAUUAAAUCCAAGACUAAAUAGGAAGAGUGUAGUUAAAUUUCUUCGAUUUUUAAAACCCAUAAGGGAAUAUAGAAACAGUUUCUAUUAUAACAACAUAUUGUAUGGAUUUUUAUCAAGGUUGACUGAAGUUGUUGACGGAGAUGAAAAAACUUGGGAAAGACUUAUGGAAGAUCAAAUUUUUACUCCCUUAAAUAUGACAAACACAACAUUUGGGCAUACCACAAAUUUAAAUGAUUCAAAUAUGGCUCUUCCUUAUCUAAAUUAUAAUGGCAAAUUAAGGAAGGUAGACCCUUUUAUUACGAAACGUUUUAGUUCUAUUGGUGGCUCUGGAUCUAUCAUGAGCACGGCGAAUGAUAUGGCAAAGUGGCUUUCCUACUUAUUAAAUCCUAGUCGAUUUCCAGGAGCGCCAUUCAAUAAAAGUUUGACUGAAACGUUUGAAGAAUCAAACGUUAUAAAAGAAACUUCAAGUUCUAAAUUAUAUAGGCGUCCACUUUCUCCUGUAACUUAUUCAUUUCAUGAAUAUGGUCUAGGUUGGAGGACUGGAUUUUAUAGAGGUUAUAAACAAAUCCUACACACAGGAACGUCCUGGGGAUAUGGAGCGCUUUUAACGUUAAUCCCAGAUCAAUCUAUUGGAAUUUAUACAGGCGUUACAAAUCCUGAAUCUGGUUAUCAUGGCCGUCGCGCUGUUCAUAUGUAUAUAAUGGAUCAAUUGCUGGGAAAAGAGUCGUUUUUAAACGAGAGUAACAUCUGCUCUUUUCCAGUUCCUUACAAACGUCCAAAUAAGUACAAGACAAUGCAAAGUUUCCCAACUGCUUUCUCUUCUUCAGACACUGAGGGAACAUAUGGUAAUUUUGCUUAUGGUAAUCUAACGAUAAAGUCGUCAAAUAACCAAUUAAUAUUGAUCUAUGGUGAUGCUCAAGCAAAUAUAACUGAAGGCUAUUGGAAGUUAAAAACAACUUCUGGUUCAACGAACCUUAAACUUAAUAUGGCUGGAGAGGGUGAAAAAGCCCUAUGGCCAAUAGUCAUGCGUUUGACAUUAAAACGAUCAAGAGCAUCUGAAAAAUUUCAAAAUAUAGUAGUUAGUUCCUUCGAUAGAAAUAAUCCGCCAGUAUUCAUAAGAGACUUGAAAUUUCAAGAUGCUCCACCACCCCCAACCUGCCCUUGUUCUCCGACAUCUUCGAUAAGUGACUCACUUCACCCAUUUUCCAUCUUAACACUACUCUUCAGUGGCCUUUUGAUAAAUUACUACACUUUAAUUUAAUAAUUGAAUGCUGUAAGUAGGAGAAUAUAUAUUCGUUCAGUAGUCAUUUAUUUAAAUCUAUAUAUCUCAAUGUAAAUUAAUUGUCAAAAUGUCAUAAAAUAGUUUACGUAUUUCAUCUCAGGAGAAAUGACAAACAAUGCGACUUAGCUAAUGUCCGCUUGAAUAAAUAAUAACUUUUCUGCCUACUUAUUAAUGUCCUGUUGAUUUUUGGUAAAUAUCUAACUCGAUCAAUGUUUAUGGGUAUGCGUGAGAUUUGUUUGUAAAAUAUUAGUACAGUUCAUCAUGCAUAACUUAUUAGUUAUUCUAAUCAGUGGAAUUAAAUUGAACAAAUACAUUAGGUAAGUGAAAGUAAGGAAACGCAACAAUCUGAUAAAAGGAAACAAAAUUGUAAAGAGGAAAAGGUGAGGAUGACCACACUACCUGCUAUAACCCUGCCUGUUAAAGAUCGUCUAUUUUUUCUGAUGUAAUUAUCGACUUCUCGCUUUACAGUCGCCUCUUUUCGGAGAGGGCGUCGAAAGCUAUAAAAGCCGUUAAGAAUUCG